CCCCGUUUCCUGUGCAGCUCUCCGCACUUAAACACGAACACUCGAGGAGAGCAACAGGCGCAAGUGGAUGUGAUGCAGACGGAGUCCACACGGGAUUAGCUGUCGCUUAUAAAAAACAAAACAAAACAAAACUGCUGGACGGUUGUUUUUCUACUUUACUUUCGGGAGUAAACGGCAGAAGACACUUGGAUUAAAAAAAGUGUUUCUUUCUUCCACUUGUGACAGACACCACCACCAACAACAACAACAACAACAACAACAACAACAACAACACCAACACCGCUGCUGCUGCAGAAACAUCAGUGACCAGGAGGUGGACUGUCAACAUCCACUCAGCUGCAGGAGGAUUGAGCAGCGCUGAAGUUGUGCAUCCUGACUGGUCUCUGUCAACACACAUGUCCACAAUGACACAAGAAAGGCCUGACCGGUGGACUCCCUGCUGACACACGGAAGCUUCAGAUAUCCGCCGCGAUUGAACACUUUCCUCGAGGCUUCCCUCGUUCCGUGGAGCUUUCAACCCCGUUUGGCUGUCGCCAUGGCUAGUCUGGCAAUUAACGAGACUGGAAUGGAGGAUUGCGGGAUUGACGACUCCUUUAAGUACAACUUGUACUCCGUAGUCUACAGUGUGGUCUUUGUCCUUGGGCUGAUCACCAACUGUGCGGCACUCUUUGUAUUCUGUUUUCGCAUGAAGAUGCGCAACGAGACCACCAUGUUCAUGACUAACUUAGCCUUAUCCGACCUGGUCUUUGUUUUCACGCUGCCGUUCAAGGUCUUCUACAAUGUUAACCGCCACUGGCCGUUUGGAGACGGACUAUGUAAAGUAUCAGGGACAGCCUUCAUCACCAACAUCUACGGCAGCAUGCUCUUCCUAACGUGCAUCAGCGUGGACCGUUUUUUAGCUAUCGUGUACCCCUUUCGCUCACGCUCCAUACGCACUCGUAGGAAUGCUGCGCUGGUGUGUGCUGCCGUUUGGCUGACCAUUGUAGGAGGAGGAAUAUCAGUGACUUUCUUUUCCACCAUCAACAGCACAAACACAGCAACCACUUGUUUCGAGGGCUUCUCCAAAAGUACCUGGAGGAACUACCUCUCCAAAAUAACCAUUUUUAUCGAGAUCGUGGGCUUCCUGCUGCCACUGCUAGCCAACUUGGUGUGUUCCUCACUUGUUCUGAGGACACUGCGCCGCCCUGCAACGGUCGGUCACGGCUGCAACAGCAAGAGACGCGUGUUGCGAAUGAUUCUUGUCCAUCUGGCCAUUUUCAUCAUCUGCUUUGUUCCCUAUAACUCCAUCCUCUUCCUAUACGCCCUGGUGCGGACGCAGGCCUUGGCUAACUGCGCUAUAGAACGCUUUGCCCGAACUCUUUAUCCGAUCACGCUGUGCUUGGCCAGCCUCAACUGCUGCCUGGACCCUGUGGUCUACUACUUCACCUCAGAGAGCUUUCAGAAAAGCUUGACCAUGGGAGGAAAAGGCUCCCGACCUGAGAGCAUUCCUCGUAGUGACACUGAGAUUCAGGACCCAGCAAACACACUUCCCAAAGACACACACACUGAAGUCAGCAAUGGGAAAGACACAAAUAUAUCAGAGAGUAAGUUCUGACUUGUGGGUUUGAAACACUUGAGCCUUAAGUUGGAGAAAAAAAAAAACAAUCAGCUGUGUGGUCUCGAACUGACAAACACAUAGCUUUGCAGAUUAGUAAAGUCCUGGUGUAAUUCCUCAGCUAUGGCCUGGGCUUUACUGAUUAAUCCACCACUGCAACACAAACUUUUUUUUUCUUUUUUUUUAAACGAAAGAACACUACAGGGACCAGAGACCCAGCUGGAUCGGGACUAUUCUGACCGUCUGUGCACCGUGAUGCCUCUAAAGACACUCUCGACACAUCGUCAACUGAGCUCAACCGCACAAACACUCACAAACGCACCGGAGAGUGUAGAUAAGAAGGAGAUUCCUGUUGAAAUAUGUUGUUAAUAUACUUUUGUAACGCACUGGGUUUUAUUGUUCUAAAGCUCCAGCUUCCACGGUGCACUGUAUCAUUGUAGACAUUAAUGUUUUGACAUUCUUUAGUGUGGUGAGAACCAUUGUUAUUAUUACACAGUGCACUGACCUGCUUGAAGUUGAAUGUGUCUGGUGUUGAAGUUUGAGGCCAUUAAAAGUCUGUUUGAAA